ACAGCUGAAAUAACGGGAGUUUUCCGAGUGUCGCAACUGCUGCGAUUCAUCCAAAUACUUCGGGAUUCUUUCGUUUGCGUUUGCGAUUCCGACAGCUGCGACAGGCACGAACGGAUAAGUUGAAACUUGAGUUUUACAUCGAGAGCUUCGUGUCUCCGACAGCGCGCUCCGUUCCAUUGGCUGCUGCUGUUGCAUUUUAUUUCUUAUUAUCAACGGCGAAACGUAAAUAUAUGAUUGCCUGAAUAAUUGUCCAAACGAGACGAGAGGCUCUAUGGAGCGGAUCGUGAGUAGAGCGAAUUCGCGGACGCGAAUCCGGAACUCGAAGCAUCGAUGUAGGUCAAAGGUGCCAUUGGACGUGCUCUCUCCUUCUCUCUCGCGGAUACGGCACUGGCGCACCGGGACCUCGUGCUACUUUUUCAUAUCUUUAUAGACCAUUGUUCGUGCGCGGCCAGCAGUCGUUCGUUGGCUAACGACUGUCCGUCAUCGCACAGAAUGGACCGUAAUAACGACUACUUGACACACUGUGACGAGCAACGGAGAAAUUUCAGAGAUUGUUCCCAAGUGAGGAGAGGUUUGAAUCGCCAACAAUGACAUCUGGCGUUUCAGCCGUCGACUCCUCGCACGCGUGCAACAUGGCGACGUGCGUAAAAUUGACGAUCCGCUUGACAUCGCAUCCUGCAGACGAGGACUAGACAGUCGUGAAAUCAGAGGAAGGAAGAACGAGAUCUAUGGCAAGUGUUUUGCUGCGAAACACAGCUGGUGUGAGGUUAGGCAAGUACCUGAGGAACACCCGGAUAGCCCUGAGAACGAGCGACGAGAGGCACAUAAUGACGGGCCGGGCGAGACUAGAAAAGGUUAUAGAGGAGUUGCAGAAGAACCCUUAUUACGACAAGUACGCCACGAAAAUCGCAAAGCUGCAACAGACCAGUCCGGAGGAGUUCCUGCAGCGUGUCGAGCAGCAGGAGAAAGCUCUUAAGAAAAGAGUUAAGCACGUAACGCCAAAGUAUGAGCCCUCGAAAUUCUCGAUAUUUCCGUUCCUGUUCAAAAAUGUACGGCCACCAUGGGAUCAAACGAUCAGGAGGCGAUACGUCCAAGAUCUGUCUCAGAACAAGUGCAUUACUACGCCUAUUUUUUACGUAAAUGCUGGUCCUCAUAUCGGGCACUUGUACACUGCGGUUUUGGCUGACGCCGUAGCUCGAUACAACACCAUGUUGGGCCACAAAACAUUCUUGACUACGGGCACCGACGAACACGGCAACAAGAUCAAGGCCGCCGCGGCUGCAGCUGGUCUACCGAAUCUCGAGUACUGUACAAAAGUCUCGCGGCAAUUCAGGGAAAUGUGCGAUAAGUUCGAAGUGGAUUACUCGCGUUUCAUUAGAACCACAGAAAAGCAACACUGUGAUGCGGUGCAUCACUUUUGGAAACGGUUAGAGGAGAGAGGAUAUAUUUAUCAAGGAAAAUAUUCGGGAUGGUAUUGCGUGUCGGACGAGGCGUUCCUGUCCGAGACGGAGUUGGUAGAGCAGAAAGAUUCGUCCGGUAAAAUGAUCAAAGUCUCCGCGGAAUCAGGAAAUGCAGUAGAGUGGACGGAGGAGGAGAAUUACAAGUUUCGGCUUAGCGCGUUUCAAGAUGAUCUCAAGUACUGGCUCAAAGAUGAGAAUACAGUCAGACCAGCGUUGUAUCACAAAAUUUUGUCCGAGUGGGUGGAGGAAGGCACAUGUUUGCAAGAUUUAAGCGUUUCUAGGCUCAGAAACAAAGUGCCAUGGGCGAUGCCUUCUCCGUGCGACGAAUCACACUCUAUUUACGUAUGGAUGGAUGCCUUGGUGAAUUACUUAACGGUUUUAGGAUAUCCAAACGAGUCAUUCAAAGAGUUCUGGCCGCCCGCUGUACAAGUGAUCGGGAAAGAUAUACUAAAAUUUCACGGUGUUUACUGGCCGGCAUUCUUAAUAGCAGCGGGUCUAGAGCCUCCGAAGACACUGCUGUGUCACGCUCAUUGGACCAUCGAACAUCUGAAGAUGUCGAAAUCGAAAGGAAACGUAAUAUCGCCGUUUGAAGCUGCGAACGAUUACUCGGAGGACGGAUUGCGGUAUUUCGUUCUGAGAGAGGCAGUGCCGCACAGCAACGCAAAUUACAGUUCAACGAAAAUUACGAACAUAUUGAACUCCGAAUUGGCGGACACACUAGGCAAUCUAGUUAGUCGUUGCGCGGGUAAAACGAUCAAUCCGUCGAGGGAGUUCCCCGACCCGGCGAGAUAUUGGAACGUGUUGCAGUCUCAAGCAGCUAACGAAACCAGAAAGGCUUUAGAGUCUCUUGCCGAGGAAGCGCGCGAGAGCUACGAGAAAUACAAUUUGCAUCAUGUCGUCGACAUGGUUAUGAGCGCACUUCAUUCCGCGAAUAAAAUGGUGCACCAUCACGAACCCUGGAACCUGAGAAAACGGGUCGAUGAUGCAGAUUCGGUGAGGGAACUCAAGGCUGUGAUAUCUCUCGCUUUGGAAAGCAGCCGGAUAGCCGCUUUAAUACUGUAUCCAAUCAUACCGAGACUGAGCGGCGGUCUGCUCGAUUUUCUGAAUGUCCCGAAGGAAAGCCGCAUGUGGUCGGACACCGCGCCCGAGUACUGCAACAACAGAAGCGUGAAAGAAAGAUAUAUUGAAUAUAACAGUAUAAUGUUAUUUAAAAGGAUCAAAAGUCAAUAAAAAAAAAAAAUAAAA